UUCAUCAGCACUAGCCAUUAGAAUUUACUUUUGGAAUACUUUUGGAAUAGCAAACACUACAAGUGACUUUUGCUGAUAAUUGGCCUCUGUACCCUCUACGUAGAUAUUCCAUUGAAAAUCAGCCGUUCACAUCAACAACAGGCAUUCACAACCAAAGAAAUUACUACACCGUAGUUCUGACCAAUUGUACAUUUUAAUGGGCAAAAACAAGGACAUUUAUAAGUGAUCCUAAACUUUUGAACGGUAUGUAUUUUGCUUGGAAAAAUGCCUUUCGUACUUUAUGAAAAUAGUUUUGCUCUUGAAUUUUUAUUGCGAACGCCAUGGGCGCCCAGAUGGACAGUCAGCUGUUUGGGAGUGUUGGCGCUGCCUAAUCGCAUUAUCUGGCCUACGAGAAGGCAAACUAAUAAUCCAGUUCAAUAGGCAUUCUUCCGUACUUUUGGAUUAUUUUUGCUUAUUAUUAAAUGCCACUCUUUAUAAACCGAGACCAGAUUUUUGCUCACCAAGUUCAUCUCCUGGAACAUAAGCUGCGGAGCAGAGAAGAACGCAUUCUAGAGUUGGAGACUGAAAAUGCCCUUCUUCACCUUAGACUCGCAGAGUGCCUGGGAAAAAUUCGUCGGAACCAUGCAGAAGAGGGAGAAGCCCAAAAGCAUUUGCAGCACCAGAGAGUUCAACAAAGCACCCGGUCUGCCCUGGCCAAACUUCUGUCUGAAGUACAGGUUUUAAAGCAGGACCUACGAGAGGUGUUUGCGGUGUAUGUGAACUUUGCGACUGAACUAGAGAACCAGAGCAAGCUGCUGCUGGAACAGGUUGGCCAAGCUAGCUUAGCCCUCCAGGGCCACCAUGGCAAUAAUUUACACAGUUUGCAGGCUCAGAUGGAGGCUCUAGAGCACUCUCUACAGGAGGAGAAGGAGCGAAGCAGGACUGAGAGAGAGAGGAGGAAAAUACUCCACAACACCUUGGUGGAGCUGCGGGGGAACAUCAGAGUCCACUGCAGAGUGCGUCCAGUCCUUCCCUUUGAUGUUGGCCAGGGAUCAGUUUCAGCAAUAGGGCCCCUUAACACAGAAGAGGUGGUUCAGGUAGUUAAUGAUGACAAGGUUGUUGUGAAUUGUACUAGAGUGGGAAGCCCAGGACUGAGUAAGAUGUUUGAGUUUGAGAGGGUGCAUGGUCCUGAAGAUUCACAGGAUGUGGUAUUCGAGGAAGUAAAGCCCCUCCUCACCUCUCUGCUGGACGGUUAUAACGUGUGCAUCAUGGCAUAUGGACAGACAGGCAGCGGAAAGACACACACCAUGAUCGGCUCCCAGGCUGAGGAUCCCUCUGGACCCCAGAGGGAGGCCCAGCAUGGCAUCAUCCCCAAAGCAGCCGCGGAACUUUUCAGGCUGAUAUCAGAGAAGCCUGUCGACAGUCACACUGUGGAGGUGUCUGUGGUAGAGGUGUACAACAAUGAAGUGUUGGACCUGCUGGCUAAAGAAGAGGAUGGGGUCGCCCUUGGCGCCAAGAGAGAUGUAAUCACUACCAGCACAGGGACCAGCGAGGUGCCUUCACUCUCCUAUUUGUUAGUGAGAAGUGCAGCAGAUGUGAUGCAGCUGAUCAGCUCCGUCCUGAGACUGAGGGCCCGCUGCCCUACACUGGUUCACAGAGAUUCCUCACGCUCUCAUCUUAUUGUCACUCUCACUGUCUCCUCCAAGAGCCCGAAUGCCCUAGCACUUGCUCGUAGAUUGCAAAGCAUCAAGAAAGACAUGCUGCGCAAGGAACAGAAGGAGUGGUGGAGUCCCCGCUGUCGCCGUGCCAACCCCACUGCCCGCCAGUCAGGGGACGAGCGCUCCACUAGCUCCUCCUCCUCGCCCUACCACUCCCCCAGCCACUCCCCCAUUCACUCCUCUUGCCCCUCCCCCAGAGACAGCAUCACCCCAGCUCCCUUCAGGACCAAACUACAGCUGGUGGACCUGGCAGGUAGCGAGUGUGUGGGUAUGUCAGGGGUGACUGGCGCAGCCCUGUGGGAGACAUCGUGUAUAAACCGCAGUCUGUCUGCUUUGUCUGAUGUGCUGGGAGCUCUAGCAGAGCAUCGGCCACACGUUCCCUACAGAAACAGCAAGCUCACACAUCUACUGCAGGACGCCAUCGGUGGCGAUGCAAAACUGCUGAUCAUGCUGUGUGUCUCCCCCACCCAGAAGUAUAUGACUGAGUCUCUACAGUCUUUGGGCUUUGGCACUCGAGCUCGCCAGGUUCAGAAAGAUACACCUCGCAGGAAGAACACUGCCCUUAAACUGAAAUAAUAUAUAGACUGAAGUAUAUAGACGAAAAAACAAAAAUAAGAAUACAGGGGAAGAAUGUUCCCAGGCUGCAACAGCAUUGUCAAGGGAAGAACACUAUUUCCCUUCAAGUCAGAGUUCGUUUUUAUAAAUCUCUUUCCCUACCAUCUCUAUCCAUUAAAGCGUAAAAAUACCCCUGAUUAUCUAUAUUUGAAAACAUAGGCAUGUAUGUUAAUAUUAAAUUAUUUAUAACGGGAUGUUGUUGCUUUACUUUUACAUGUAGAGUACAUGUUCAUCUAUUUGAACACCUGCUUGAUUUGGUUUUCAAAUCAUUUUGUUCACAAAUGUUAAAUUAUUUUAAUCUGUUAACUUUCCUCUCCCAUCCUAGCAAUGUCCUUCUGAAUAAUAUAAAAUUACCAUCUUCUUUAUGUUGUAGAAGUUAUUGAUAAUAUAUCUUAGCAUGUAAUCCUUCAAUUGGCAAAUUCAUUAUAUAUUGUUACAAUUGUAAUUCCCUCAAUUAUGUUUAAUCAAAGGUUUUAAACCAAUGGCUGCUUCUAUCUUAUUGUUAUUGUACAAUUAUACAGCUCUGGAAAAAAUUAAGAAAAAGGAAGGUUUUGAGUGAGGAUCAGAAAGGUUAACAUUAUGAGACCACUGCUAACCACUUUCUAAUUUUUCAAACUUUCCUUUUCAACAUUUUUGUAAAAGAAAGAAAAAGGCACAGUGGUCUCUUAAUUUUUUCUAGAGCUGUGUAUUAGGAACUGGGUGCCUCAAAUCAUGAAUGCUGAGUGGCAGAUUAUAAAGCCCUUUUUACAUCAGCAGUUGUCACAAAGUGUUUUUACAAAAUUAAAUGUAAAACUGUAUACCACAAGUAGGAUAUAACCACAAUUGUUACUGUUUUAAUGUCAUUAGUAACCAGUAUAUAAUAGCAAAAAGCCAUCUUGGAGAAUUGUGGCAUAUGGCCAGUAUACCACUGCUAAGCACUGCAUUGUACCUAAAGACAAAUUAGUUGUGGUAUAUUGGCCAUUCCCUAUUUCCUCAUGCAUUAUUGCUUAAUUAUGUAAUUGUAUGCAUACACAUAUACAUACAUACACAUAAUGUAAGAAAUGUUUGGAAUAACUCGCAAUGCCUUUCCCAAAACACAAACAUCUGUGUUCUGUAUAACACAAUAUUACAUGUAUUUUUGUUCCAUUCAAAGGUUGAAUAAACACUUCACUAAACUGUGCAAUCAUGUGUAACCAAUCAGGAUUCACAGUUUCCGUCGUAGCUACGUAAAUAUCAUGUGACUCGAGGUGAUGUAAUGUCGAUAGACACAUCUAUCCCUUGUAAUCAACAUCUGAAGGUUUUAUAAUUUCUGUUUCAUGCAAAAUUGUUAAACAUUAAUCACAUGUUAAUAACGGUGAAUACAAGGUUAGCAAUGUUUUUAGUUUUCGCUUCCUAGUUGUUGUCGUAAACAUUGACUUCCAGUAAAUUGCAUGUUUUUUCUUUUGUAAUAACCUGUUUGUGUAACGAUCCCAGCCUGAGGGAACCGUUCCACCUCUUGUUUUCUGUUUGUCCUUGUCUUGUCCUUGUAUGGUCUUUCCUGUUCUUGUUUCGGUUAAUCAGUAUAUUCAUUUCACCUGUGUUUAGCCCC